UUUCUAUUAUUUUACUUUAAGAUGGAAUACAAGCUUUGGAUUACUAUACAUCCAGAAGAAUUAGAAAUUUUGGGCUUUCCAGUCAACUUAGUAGGAAAUACCUCGAUCAAAGAGUUAUAUGAAUUUCUUUUAAAUACAUAUGAUGCAAAAAAGUUUAUUUGACAUCCUUAAGUUAGGGUUUAAAAUAAAGAUUAUACACAGUGGAUAUCAAAAAUUAACGGAAUAGGAAAAUUUGCAUAUUAAGGUGAAUAAACAAUAUCAAAUAUAUUUGGGAGUAUGCUAAAUGGUCAAAUUUCAAUAUAUACAGAGCCAGCUAAAGUUCCUAAAGAUAGCGAAUUGGAAAUUCUUUGUAUUAUAGCAUCAUAAUUAUUAGAAACUGACUAUGAUAGCUCAUUCUGUGUAAAUUUUCUCCUGUUGGAUGGAUCAAAUGCUAUUAAGGCCUCAUUAGAAUUUUAGUGCGAGCCAAGUACUCUAUUUUCCGAUGCAAUAACUACAUUAUAUUAAUUUUCAUCCUACCCUUAGUAAUAUCCAAUUUAUCAAAAGAGAAAUAGCGAAUUUUCAAUUUGAAAAAGAUGGAAGAUAAAUAGUAUUUGAUUAAAAGACUACUUUUCGUUAAUUAAAUAUAAUUUCUAACACAACUUUACGAGUGAAAACGCGAUGGUCUGGAGGGCGUGUUUGCAGUGACAGAGUUUAGUUUUCAUUAUUUUAGCAAACUUUGCAUUGAAAAAUUAACAUGAUUUGAUGAAUUAUAUUAAUAAUUUUUGUUAUAUUAACC